CAAUGCUGUACAAAUUGUACCAGAAGAAUCCUCCCGUUGAGCUUACAGCUCCAAAAAGUAAAAAUGGCGGAUUUGAAUUUCCGCCUUUUACAACUUGAUUUACUACCAGCCGCCAUUGUGAAAAAAUCACUUAAAAUUAAAUCUUAGCUUAAAUCUUAAAAACUAACUUAAAUAUACUAAGAUACCGAUUAAACAUAAAGAAAAUAAAAAGAAGAAAAAACUAUUGUUAAAACUUCUGCAUUGAAGAUUCAAACAAGUUUUUUCAGUCGGAACCAAUACGUUCCAACAUUUUUUAACAAUAGUGCACCCCGAUCAAAAAGGCCAAAACCACAGCAACUAAAGUAUGCCGCCAAAAAAGACCCAAGAUGCCUUCUUCAAAUCCAACAAGACACGCAGAUCACCAAUACAAGAUGAAUUCAAUUGCUGCUCAUGCGACCAACCGGAUUCCUUUGAAGACAUGGUCCAAUGCGACAGAUGCAAAUCGUGGAGCCAUUUUACAUGCGCCGGAGUCGAUAGUUCGAUACAAAAUCAACCUUGGACAUGCGCCACGUGCACGACAGGUAAGUCUACUCAUUUACCUAUUAGUACAAAAGUAGUUUUCGCGUCUGCUGGUCAGGAUAUUAUCCCAAUAGAAAAUAUUAGCCAAACCCCUGUCGUCAAUAUUGCUUUAAAUACUACGUCUUCAUCAAAUAUAAACGCCUUAACCUCCGAUGACAUAAUUUCAUUGGUGCGUGCUACGACAAUCGAUUCGAAUCAAAACGUCACAUCAAGCCUAAUGCAUGAAACGAAUUCUGCAGUUUACACUACAUCUGGGGUGGAACCUACAGCGAAUGCAAUUGGUCCUGCCUCUACAUACGAUGCGUUGACGUAUACUGUAGAUUCCGUCAAUGCCUGUUUGCCUCAUGCUUCUUUAAAUGCCCCAUAUGAUCAGUCUAUAUUCACUUCAGCCAAUAGGGUAUUUGUAUCUUCUGCCUUUGGUGGAAAAACAACAUAUACUACAAACGUUAACCCAUAUCCUAACGAAACCCUUCCAAUAAACAGUCGUCUAAGCUACGCAGCGUUUCCGUCAUCGAAUGUUGCUUUGAGUCUCGCAAGUACCAUCAACCCAAUAUCAUCAUCAGUCCAAAUUACAUCUUCCUCUGCUAUGAGUAGUACCCAACUUCCACAAAACCAUAUGCCUGCUUCCCAUGCGAACAUAAAAAAAUCCAAUGUUCACGGUAAUACCUCAAAGAGUUUGUGGUCCGUUAGCACCAGAGGUUCUGCAAAGCUAAAACUUGAGUUGCAGAUGUUGGAGGAGGAGAAUCUUUUGAGGGCGAAGCGUGAUCAAGAAGAACUGAAACUGAAAGAAACACGGGAUAAGGAAUACUUGCAGAGAAAAUAUAAACUCCUUCGUCAGCUAGCGGAUAAUACAUCAGAAUCUGAGGAGGAUGACGCCUCUUCAUCAAUAACGAAAGUUAAAAGCUGGCUGAACAAAAAUCCGAACGACAAUCUCGCAUCAACAACGAUCAGCUAUCCCCCAGCGAGCAAUGCACAGAUUCCACACAUGCCAAAACAUGUGCCUCCACCGCAACUUAAGAAGUCAACAUUGCACCAUCAAUGCGCGUGGCAACCUGAGCAGCCCUCUCGACCACUAAAUCAACCACACAACCAUGCCUUUCCACCACCGCAGCAACAGCACUCGUUUGCCAUUCUACCUUCGCAGCAACAGCAGUCAUUUGCUCUUCCACCACCGCAGCAACAGCAGUCGUUUGCUCUUCCACCACCGCAGCAACAGCAGUCAUUUGGCAUUCACAACACCCAUGCUCCUCUACCACCCCAACAACAGCAUUCAUUUGACAUCUACAACUCAUAUCGCGGCAACUCUUCAACUCAACAGAUGUCUGGCCUACCUCCGUUUGGACUGUCCAACCAUCAUGGACUUUCAAAAGCCAAUAUAGCGUCUCGACACCUGAUAUCACGAGAUCUACAAAGCUUCGCAGGAAGCCCAGACGAAUGGCCAUUGUUUAUUUCGAAUUUUUGUAGAAGUACCGAAAUAUGUGCCUUCACAGAUGAAGAGAACCUUGUAAGACUACAAAAAUCGUUGAAAGGAAAAGCUUUGGAAGCAGUUCGAAGUCUUCUUAUUCAGCCGAGCUGCGUGCCUCGCGUUAUAUCUACACUCAAAAUGCUAUACGGAGACCCAGAACUGGUUGUUCAUGCACUGACACAAAAAAUACAAUCAACACCAGCUCCCAAAAGUGAAAAAUUGGAGACUCUUGUGAACUUUGCGCUUAUUGUCCAAAAUCUAUGUGCAACCAUUGAGGCUUCGGGUUUAGUAGCCCACCUUAACAACGCAACAAUUCUGAAUCACCUAGUACACAAACUGCCUCCGACUAUCCGCCUUGAUUGGGCGAGACAUAAACGAGGAAUACCAGAUUGCAACCUGUCCCAUUUUAGUAUGUGGAUAUAUGAGCUUGCUGAAGCUGCGAACAGCGUUCUUUUACCUGACAUUCCGUCAUUCACAUCCGAAUAUAAACAACAAGAAAAAAAAAAACGCUAA